AUGAAAUCUUCGAUACCAUUUAGAAAAUUACAGAAAAUCUGUUGCUAUGGUUUCAGUAUUAUUAGUUUCCUGUUGGUUUUUACCUAUUUACAAAGUUCUAAACCCAUUGACAGAGUUAAAGAUGAUGUUGAGAUGCCAUAUACUUGGAAGUUUGAAAACUUUCCCGUGUCACAGAAAGAAGAAUUUAUCACAACUUUACUUCAAAACCUUGAUCAACAACAAACAUCCAAUCACCAACCAAAACCCAGCUUGAUAAUUCAAACCAAGCCAUUCAAAUUUUAUAUUUACGAACUACCAGAUAAGUUUAAUUCUGAUUUGAUACAAUGUAUGAAAGAAAGUAAGAGUUAUGGUUCUUGUUUCGACUUGAGGAAUAACGGAAUGGGUCAGACAUUGAAGCGGGAAGAUGGGUACAUCGUCAUGGAUACCAAUCAAUUUUCAUUGGAGGUUAUAAUUCAUAAUCAAUUAUUACAUCAUCCGUAUCGAACUUUAAAUAUGUCUGAAGCCGACGUGUUUUACGUGCCGGCGUACAUGGGACUGCCAUGUUUUUGUUUCAAGAUGGAGGAACGACGCUACGAAAUAAUCAACGAUCUUUAUGAAUAUUUAUCCAAUCAGAAACCAUUCCAAGAAUUAAAACCUCAUUUUUCAACGAUUGCAAAAAUCGAACGAGAACAGUCUUGCCGAUCAUGUCCUUUACUCAAAAUGAAACAGAGUAGGAAAAUUACAUUUCUAGCGAUUGAGAGAGAGACAAAUAAAAAGUCGCGUAUAAAUGUUGGAGUGAAAUCGUUUGAAACUAUCGUAGCACCUUAUCCAUCGUAUGUUCAUUACACAAAACCGAAAAUAAAUACCCCAGGAUUACACGACAGAAAUGUGGUUGUGUUCUUCGCAGCAAGUACACGUCGUUCCAACUAUUUCAGAAAUUGUUUGAUCGAUCAAUUUAAAAAUAAAACAAAAGACCAAUAUGAGGAUUUUUAUCGCAUUCCAGACAACACAAAUAUUAAACAAGUUAUGUUGGUGACUCAGGAAUGCCUCGGAAAUCACAAGUUUACCACAAUUCCAUGGAUGAGGCGUUCGGUGUUUUGCCUCGAACCUCCAGGGGAUUCGCCCACACGGAAAUCUUUCUAUGAUGCUAUUUUAAGUGGGUGUAUACCAGUGUUAUUUCACUAUAACAAUGGAAAUCGUGUCCGAUAUCCGUUUGAUAGCGUGUUAAACUAUACAGAUUUUACUGUGAUACUACCAGCCACUCAUGGCAAGGAAAUUUAUCCAGACGUAUUCCAAACAUUAUCGGAAAUUCCUUCCACAGAAAUCCAAAGACUUUACAACAAUUUAGCGCAAGUGUCACAAUAUUUCCAGUAUUCUUUUCUAUCGAACAAUUCACAGCGGGAACCUCACCCCGAUGCAAUUAUGUUGAUAUUAGAAGAAAUUAGAAAAUUGUAUAAAAAAAAUAAAUGA